AGUUUAAAUCUAGAGAGAAAAUAUCUGUGAGGUGACAGUGUCCUACUUGAAGGAACAGAGACGCAGCGAUGGAGUUUUUCUCGGUGUUUGUCUUCGCUCUUUCGGGCUGUUUUGUCAGUGCUGAGAUUCCUCAUGAUGGAAUACACUGGACAUACACAGAGGGAGCUCUGGACCAGAUGCACUGGCCAAACAAGUACCCCGCAUGUGGCGGUAAGAAACAGUCCCCGAUUGACAUCCAGCGGCGUAACGUGAGACACAACCCAGACAUGUUACAGCUGGAGCUCAACGGAUAUGAUGCUCAGAGAGGGAAUUUCCUCAUGUCCAACAACGGGCAUUCGGUUCAAAUUGACCUGCCUCCCACUAUGAUAAUCACCAAAGGCCUCCCAGGAAAAUACACAGCUGUGCAGAUGCACCUGCACUGGGGCGGCUGGGAUCUGGAGGCCAGCGGAGCGGAGCACACUUUAGACGGCAUCCGUUACAUGGCAGAGCUCCAUGUUGUCCAUUACAAUUCUGACAAGUACAAGAGCUUUACUGAAGCCAGAGAUAAGCCAGACGGGCUGGCAGUACUCGCCUUUUUCUAUGAUGAUGGACAUUUUGAGAACACCUACUACAGUGACUUCAUCUCCAACCUGGCCAGAAUCAAGUAUGCAGGUCAGACCAUGAACAUAACGAGCAUCGAUGUGCGCUCCAUGCUCCCAGAGAACCUCAACCAUUUCUUCAGAUACCAGGGCUCCCUCACCACUCCACCCUGCUACGAGAGCAUCCUCUGGACUGUGUUUGAUACCCCCAUCACUCUCUCACAUAACCAGAUCAGGAAACUGGAGAGUACUCUGAUGGACAUUCACAACAAGACCAUAUGGAACGACUACCGCAUUGCUCAGCCUCUGAACGACCGUGUGGUGGAAUCUUCUUUCCUGCCACGCCUCGGGAAAGGAACAUUUUGUCGGCAAGAUGAAAUUGAAUCCAAGCUCCUGAAGAUCGAGGGUCUGAUAACGUCUCUUGGAAAGCAUAUGCAUUCAGGUGGACCUUCCAACUCAAGGCCUACCAAAUAUGAACCUCGCGCUCUGUUUCCUCUGGUGCUCAACUUCCAGGAGAAAAAUUCUGGUAGUUAUGCUUUGGCCCGUCUCAGCCAUCCCAUGGACCUGACCUCCUUCACUGUCUGCAUGCACGUCCUUCCUCAGGCUGAGGGGGUCCACACUGUCAUCUCCUACUCCAGCAACGGCAACGACAAUGAGCUGAUGAUCUCCAUCGGUGAAGAAAGAGAUGCAAGAGAGGUGGGCCUCUGGAUUGGCAAUGAGUUUGUCAACCUGCCGCACAACUUCAAGUCCCACGACUGGGCCAACUACUGCAUCACCUGGUCGUCCCACACCGGCGGCGCAGAGCUGUGGAUCAAUGGCAUGGUGGGUGAGCAGCGGUACCUGAGAAGCGGUUACACAGUCAGCCCUGGUGGUGUGUUCAUCCUGGGCAAAGACCAGGAUGGAUUACUGGGCAUCUCUAACGCAGACGCCUUUGUGGGUAAGAUGACUGAUGUCAAUGUGUGGGACUAUGUGCUGACUACAGCAGAUAUCCGGGACCAGAUGUCAUGUGAGAAGAACAGCACCCCGGUGGGAAAUGUGCUCAGCUGGGGAACCACUCAACUUAGUCUGUUUGGAGGGGUGCAGCUGGACAGUCAGUACAGAUGCUCCUGAAGAGGCUCAGCUGCUUCUGUUUGCAAGAGCUUUAAUGGCCAACUGAUAGCUUCAAUGAUUCCCUUGCCUUGAGAAGUGCUUCUAAAUCUGGUCAUCAGCUGAUUUAUAAGCUCUCGGUUUUGAGCAGGUCAUUGAUGUGGUGUUAUUUCAGUGCUAAUAAGAUUAAAACAUAAUGCCACAAUAAACCAAAACAUCACUGCUAAUGCUGGGGAUUUGAAAUGUGUAUGGCAUACGUAAUGAUGGAUAAAAUGUUUUUCAGGCACUUGUAAGUCAAUAUUUAAUGCAAACUGUAUCUUAUAGCUCCAGCCAUGUAUUGUAUUCAUAUCUUUGCAUCAUCAAUAAAAGCUUACAAGUGA